UAAAUAUGGAUUCUAUGCUAUAGCAUCAUUGCCCUACAUAUAUACUUGAGGUUGUACAAGCAGUUGUUUGUGAGUCAAAGAACAAAGAUGACUUCGACAAUAUUUGGAGUCAGCAAAAAUGCAAUUGUUGCAAUUGGUCUUCUCUACAUACUGAUCAUCUGCGAAAACGCCCAGGGAACCGAAUACAUUGUGGGAGGUAAGAUAGGAUGGGAUCUGGAUCCUUCGGUUUUUCGUUGGCCUGAUGGAAAGAGCUUCAAAGCCGGUGAUGUCUUAAUUUUCAACUAUUCCAAUCCAUUCUACAAAGUGGAGCAGGUGAAUAAAGCACAAUUCGAUAGUUGCUACUCAAACUUCAAUCCGAUUAAGACUUAUUCUUCUGGGCAUGACAGGGUUGUAGUAGAGAAGGGUACGACUUACUUUAUAUGUGCUGUCCCGGAUUAUUGUGGAUACGGGAUGAGAAUUGCUAUUAAUGCAGCCUGAUGAGAACCAUGAAUGUCUUGUCAAAUAUAAUAAGUUUUUGAACAACAAUACUUAAACACUGUUACCGAACGGUGCCAUGAA